AUGUUUAACCUCCGCCGCGUCGUCGUCAGCGCCCUGCUGCUCGCCGGCCUGAGCGCCAUCUGCUUCUCGCAGACUGCCGCCGCCGUCAAGGGUCCCAAGAUCACCCACAAGGUCUACUUCGACAUCACCCACGGCGAUGAGCCCCUGGGCCGCGUCGUCAUGGGUCUCUACGGCAAGACCGUGCCCAAGACCGCCGAAAACUUCCGUGCCCUUGCCACUGGCGAGAAGGGCUUCGGCUACGAGGGCUCUUCCUUCCACCGUGUCAUCAAGAACUUCAUGAUCCAGGGUGGUGACUUCACCAAGGGUGACGGCACCGGCGGAAAGUCCAUCUACGGCGACAAGUUCCCCGACGAGAACUUCAAGCUCACGCACGCCAAGGAGGGUCAACUGUCCAUGGCGAACGCCGGCAAGGACACCAACGGCUCCCAGUUUUUCAUCACCACCGUCAUCACCUCGUGGCUCGAUGGCCGACACGUUGUCUUCGGCGAGGUUCUGGAGGGCAUGGAUAUCGUGAAGAAAAUUGAGUUUGCCCCGACCAAGCCCGGCGACAAGCCUGUCGAUACGGUCAAGAUUGCGAAGAGCGGCGAGCUGGAGGUACCACCUGAAGAUCCAGCUAUCUACGGAAUUGCCGGAUGGGCUGCAGGAUACUCGAAUGAGGAGGAGAAUCCCUUUAGUGAGACGGCGGCCCCGUCUGCCGGCUGGUCUGUCGUCCAGAAGGCUCUCCUCUUCGCUGUCAUUCUUGCCGCGGUUGCCUUCUACGUCCGCCUGUCAAGCCGUAAGCACGACCGUGAGGACCGGCUUAAGAACGACCGAGAUGACCUGGGCUAUGAGAAGUCGAUGGCUUAG